AUGAUGUCAGCUACUAGAUGUGCUUACCACACGGACCUCCAGUACCUCCUGACUACCAGACGUACCUACCACACCGACCUCCAGUACCUCCUGACUACCAGACGUACCUACCACACCGACCUCCAGUACCUCCUGACUACCAGACGUACCUACCACACCGACCUCAAGUACCUCCUGACCACCACACGUACUUACCACGGCGACCUCAAGUACCUCCUGACCACCAGACGUACCUACCACACCGACCUCAAGUACCCGGACUUUACGGAGUAUCGACGAGACCAAACAAAAAACCCAAAAGUUUCAUCAAAGGAAUCUGAUGCGGAACGAAAAUUAACACCGUACCUUGUUGUAGCGGCCGGCUCCGUCCCGGGUGUGUACGCAGCCAAGGCCAUCGUCCGCGGCCUGGUGUCCAACCUCUCCCCUGCUGCUGACGUGCUGGCCAUGUCCAAGGUGGAGAUCGACCUGAGCAGCAUCGAGGAAGGUCAGAGCGUGACCUUCAAGUGGCGGGGCAAGCCGCUGUUCAUCAAGCACCGCACAGACGAGGAGAUCUCCACAGAGGAGGCCGUGGAACUCUCCCAACUGAGGGACCCGCAGCCAGACUCUGACCGGGUCAAGAACCCUAAAUAUUUAAUUGUCGUUGGAGUCUGCACCCAUCUAGGGUGUGUCCCAAUCGCCAACAGCGGAGACUACCCAGGCGGCUACUUCUGCCCCUGCCACGGCUCCCACUACGACGGCUCUGGGAGGAUCAGGAAAGGGCCGGCGCCCCUCAACCUGGAGGUGCCAAACUACGAGUACCUCUCUGACACCACCGUCAUUGUCGGCUGACCUCUGACCCCAGAUAAACACCCCUCACAGGUUGUGUCAAAGCUGUCCUUCCCAGCAAGUAGUCUAUCUAACGUCCAGAAAAUCAGCCCAGUACCAGUCUUUAAGUGACGUUCUGUUGACGUGACGGCUUUGUGCUUUUUGUUCAAACCCAUUCAUGAUUAUCUCAUUUCAUUUCUAAAUGUAUACGGACAAAUCCAU